AUGUCUUACGAUACUUUACCUUACUCGACUAUGGAACCACUUUUCUUCCAGGAAAAUAGAUCAAAUCCUCAAGCUUUUCGUCAUGAGGAUUUGAUGGGAAUUGAAAGUUCUUGGAUCCAGAAUAUUGAUCCACUUCUUCGUCAAUCUCAAAUAAGCUCUCCGGAUUUCGAAUACCGUCAAGAUUUACCACAGCAACCUUUACAAAGAUUCAUCACAGAGCCAGGACGAGCUCUCUUUACUACUAUCCCAACCAUGACUCAGUUCGAUAGCUUUUCUCGACCGCCUCAUCGGGCAUUCGGACCCGUUAGUGUCUACCCUCAAGCUUCUCGAACAAGAAUGAUAUCUCCUUCUCCUUCCCGAGAGCUCUCUUCCAACUGCAGUAGUGCUCGAAGUCCAACUACCGAAACAGAUUGGUUUCACGAUGGAUACUAUUCCUCUCAGGGCCAAGAUGAUUACACCCUACCCAAUACCUCUCAUACUACCUCGCAAAACUUCUCUGAUAUAUGGUCACCACCACAAAUCCUAUCUGGACAGUCAACUGGAUAUCCAUGUGUUAAUCUCAGUGAUGUUCAGGCAUUUGCCGAUCCACAAGAAAUCAAAUUCGAGACGGAUGAAACAUAUGUCGAUUAUGCGAUUCAAGCAUCAGAAUCCAGAAGUCACAAAUUAGCUUCUCAUAUAUCACAUUAUAGAGACGAGGGAUUAGGAGCUUCGAUUCGAGAUGCUGCAUCGCCUCAAGCAAUUUCUAUCCAAGCUUCGAAUAACGAUAAUACAUCUACAAUCUCUGAUGCUGAUAUUGAUGCAGAAGGCGAUGAUAUUGAUAUUGGCAAUAAUGGGGAAAUAGAAAUGGAUACAGAAAUUGAAUCCGAACUACUACCCCAAGAUGGCGACAUUGAAGAAGAAGACGAACCAUCAGACACAGAAUACACUCCCCGUCCCUCCACCCGCAAUCCACGCAAGCGUACCAGCACAACUAAAUCCUAUUCUCCCCCCACCCCAAAACGCAACCGCAUAUCCAAAUCCUCCACAUCCACAUCCGUAUCUAAAUCCUCCUCCAAAUCCUCAGGAGGUCUCUCCUGUAAACAAUGCACCACCACCGGCUUCAAAGAUACACCUACUCUCCAACGACACAUCGCAUCCGCGCACACUCGUGCUUUCAUCUGCGUCUUCAAUUUCGCAGGUUGCGAAAGUACGUUUGCAUCGAAAAACGAAUGGAAACGUCAUGUUUCGUCGCAGCAUCUCAAUUUGCAAGCUUGGGUGUGUACGCUUGGGUCUUGUGGGAAGGUGCCUUUGAGUUCGCACUCGGGCUCCGGUUCUGCGAUGCGGAAAGGUGGGGAGGAGAAUCCGAAUUCGAAUUUGAAUGGAAAUGUGAAGGUGAAUGCGCCCGGGUAUGGAGAAGUCAAAGGCGCGGAGUUUAAUCGGAAGGAUUUGUUUACGCAGCAUUUGAGACGUAUGCAUGCCCCGUUUGAGGUAAAACGGAAGGGGAAACAGAAUAGAGAGUGGGAGGAGCGAGUGAGGGUUCUACAGAGGAGUUGCGAGAGGAGUCGCCGAGAAGCGCCAGAACGAUUGGGGUGUCCGGUGAGAGGGUGUGCGGAAAGGAAAGAAGGGAAGGGAGUGUGGUUUGAGGGGAGAGGAUGCUGGGAUGAGAGGAUGGAACAUCUGGGGAAACAUUUGGAUAGGAUGGGAGAGGGGGAGGAGGGAGGGGUCAGGCAGGAAGAGGAUGGGCUGUUUGUGGAGUGGGCGAUGGAGCAGAAGAUUAUUGAGAGGGGGGGCAGGGGGGAGUGGAUUCUUUGUAGGGGGAAGGGGGGACAUGGGUGGGCGAGGAAGAGAUUGGCUGGGUUGGAGAGUGUGGGAAUUAAGUUGGAGGAGGAUUUGGAUGCUGAGGGGGAGGAUGAGUGA